AUGAAUUGCCAAUUCGCCAAUUAUCACCAAGCGCGCAAGCUGACCCAAGAAUACCUUUGCACUUUAAGCGUAAUGCUUCCGUCCAUCGUCCCCCGAAUCCAGCAAAAGGUGCUCGAGCAGCAGAUCGUGGCCAACAGCCCCAAGCUUGCCCGGAUCCUCGCCCACCCUGCCGGCCCAUUCACAAUUCACUUCUGGGCACCGACUUUCAAGUGGGCCAUCUCCAUCGCCAACAUCGCGGACAUGCGCAGCGAUCCCGAAAAUAUUUCGGUGCUGCAGCAGCUUGCGGUUGCCGGUGGAGGACUCAUCUGGUCGCGCUACAGCACGGUGAUCACGCCCGUGAACUGGAACCUCCUCGCUGUGAACUUCUUCAUGGCCGGCACGGGCAUUGUGCAGCUGUACCGCAAGUUUGAGCACGACCAGUCGGUGGCACGCGCUACCGAGACCGCGAAGACACACUCACAAUCGCUUCCGCCGCCUUGGGCUCACGUUGACCGAAAGCAGCAGUGCCCUGCCCCGUACGUCACUCCGCCCGCACAAGCACUACCCUCCCCCCUCCCCAAGGAUCUCGCCAUGCUGCCGUCUAUCGUCCCGCGCAUCCAGCAGAAGGUCAUGGAGCAGCAGAUCGUGGCCAACAGCCCCAAGCUCAUGGCGCUGCUCAACCACCCGGCCGGCCCCUUCACAGUACACUUCUGGGCGCCGACCUUCAAGUGGGCCAUCUCGAUCGCGAACGUGGCGGACAUGAAGCGCUCGCCUGAGACCAUCUCCGUGGCGCAGCAGACGGCCGUGACGGCUACGGGCCUCAUCUGGUCGCGCUACAGCUUGGUCAUCACCCCCAAGAACUGGAACCUCUUCGCGGUGAAUGUGUUCAUGGCCGGCACGGGCCUUGUGCAGUUCUACCGGAAGUUCACGUACGACCCGUCGCUCAAGACGCAGACAACGACGGACAGCGCCACGCUGUAGGCAGCCGUCGCUACGUAUUCCUCGUCUAUUGCUGCCUAGCGAGCCAGUUGCUCCCAUAGAGACUCCUCGCCGCCACGGCGCCACAACUGACCUACCUAAUAUGAACGGGCAGCGUCUAAGCUGAAUGCAGUGAUGUUUGUUCGUUCA